GCUGCGGUUGCCAUAGCAAUUGAGAGCUCGAAAGAUGAAACUACAUUUUAAACGUUGAAUUGAGAAGAAUCGAAAGAGAGCUGCUUGGUAGUUGGUCUUUCAGCUGCUGCAAGCACGCAAGCAAGCAAGCCAGCCAGCAGGUGCACUUUCUCAAGUACGUGGCUCAGUCUAUAUACAUAUAUAUAUAUAUAUAUAUAUAUAUGUAUAUAUGUGGCUGAUAGGAUGGAUUAUCAGUACUACGACGAAGAGCCUGACUACGGAGAUGAUGAUGCUGACAGCAGCCUCAGCGAGGAUGCGUACACCGAUCAGGAGGAGCAGGGCACCUCUGAGGGUCACUACGUGACAUAUGCUGACGUCACGGAUCGCUUGUGGGACAGCUAUGAGCACUGCAUUCUGCCAUCGCUGCAUCAAGUGUUGGGCUACAUAAUGCCACUGAUGCUGGGCUGCCUGCUCUGCCGGCUGCUCAGUUCGAUCUAUGCCAGCAGGAGGCGACUGGUGGCCAGCAGCACCAGGGGCACCAGUUGCAGCUGGGCGGAAGCAAACAGUUUGAAGCUGGCACCGCUCCACUUGAUCAAUGCGCUCUGCGGCUUGGGAGUCCUCUACGCAACGCUUGGCCAGCGUAUGCUGAUCCUCCUACUGCUCAGCGGCAUAAGCUAUCUGCUACUGCAGCUGGUGCGCAUGGGCCGUGGACAACGUGGCGCAACAGCAAUUGCCGUGCUCAGCAUUGGCAGCCAAUUCAUCUACGAGCUGGCCAUCUGGCAGAAGCGGGACGAUUGGCCGCAGUUGCGCGGCUUGCAAAUGGUGACCAACAUGAAGAUCAUAUCGCUGGGCUACGAUUUGAUGGCGACGCCGGGUUCGUCGGCUCUGCGCAUGCCCAACAUUCUCGCUUAUCUGGGCUAUGUGCUAAAUCCGGCCAGCUGUGCGCUGGGACCGUGGAUAAGCUAUGGCCGCUACUUGGACUCGCUGCACCAGAAGCCGCACUGGCGCAGCCUCUGCCAGAUGCUGCUCAAUGUGGUGCUCAGCCUGGUGGCGCUGGCCAUCUCGAAUUGCAUUGCGCCAGCGCUGGGUGAACUGUAUCUGCCGAUGGAAGAGCACCCCUCGACGCACAACGGCAGCCUCUCGCAUUGGCUGCUCAUGUACACCGGAGCGAUGAGCGUGCGCACCAGCCACUAUUUUGUGAGCCUGCUCAGCCAGGCCCAACUGGCUGCCGCCGGCCAGCAGCUGGAUGUUGGCGAGCUUGUCGUGCGUCCCUUCCACAUUGAGUGGCCGCGAUCGCUGAGCGCUCUGGUGCGCUGCUGGAACAUACCCAUGCAUGAGUGGCUCAAGCGCUACGUAUACUCCACAUCGAAGCAGCACCAGCAGCAGCAGCAACAGUCAAGUAUUCGCCACAACACCGUUGUGGCUGUUUUGUCCACGUAUCUGGUGUCAUCGCUGCUGCACGGCAUGGACUUUCGCAUCUAUCUGGUGCUGUUGUCGCUGGCCACCUUUGCCGAGGGCGAGUCAAUGCUGCGCCGGCAUCUGGCCACGCUCUUCAAUGCCUGUGUCGCCGCCAAUUCCUGCCCGGGCGCCGAACGAUGUCGCUAUGCGAACUGCCCGCAACGACGUGGCCGCUUCACUGUCAGCUCUGUGCUGGUGACGCUGACCAAUUUGAUCUUUACACUGCUCGCCAUUUGCCAUCUGGCCUAUUUGGGCGUUGUGCUGAUGAACGAGACGCUCAUCGCGGAGAAUGAGCUGCCCUUCAUGUACCACUGGUCAGCAGCCGGCUAUCUCAGUCACUACGUCGGCAUUGGCAUGUUUGUCCUAUAUCUGAUCAUAUCGUAAGCCAUCUCAAAAAGACUGCCUGAGAGACUGUGCUCCUCCCCGCCUGCCCAUCCCCAUCUCCAUCCCCAUCCCCAUUUUCCAUUUUCGUCGUCCUUCCGCCUGCAUACAUAUGUGAUAUAUGGAUAUGAUAUAUAAUGAUGCGUGGAGCAUUCGAAAGCAACGAGCCGCAAAUCCAUUGGAGACGGCGACCAAUAACGGAACUGAUUUAACAACUGUGAAUCUCUAUAUUAACUGUAUUUGUAUUUUUUGUGUUACGUACUAUAUGUGUACUAUGUAUCCGUAGUUGUCUGUGUCCAAUUUGGCUUUUAUUUAUACACAUGCAUAAACAAGGGUGCAACAAGCUGGAUACGCCCUUGGAAUAUAUUUGUAAUUAUUAUACUACUGCGUCCUAGUUUUGUACUUAAUAAAUGUAUAUUGCUCUUUUUAAAUGUAA